GUUCAAGCUAUUUUUUACAGCUUAGUGUCUGUGGCUCCGUAAUUAAUUGUAGCUAGCUGUCUCAUAUCGACGUGUUUUUAAGGAACAUGAAAUAGUUGUUGUUUUUUUAAUUAGAGGAGUUGCCAGAGCAAGAGAUUUGAAGUCCAACUGCUGCUGCUGCUGGUUGUUGCUACUCUAUCUUACUUGUGAUGUUGGAUAUGGGAGAAAGGAAAGAAGUCAAAAUGAUUCCUAAAUCAUCGUUCAGUAUAAACAGUCUGGUUCCCGAAGCCGUGCAAAGCGACAACCACAAUCAUCAUCACCACCAACACCACAGAGCGGUGCAUGAGGAAGAGGAGAAGACUCCUUUACCUGUCCAAGCACAGGAGCAAAAGUCGGAGAACACUUGCGCUAAAAGUGACAAUUCAUCGCACGACUCCUCGUGCACGGACGAGAAGGAGAAGCAGGAAGAGAAACGGGACUCGAAGGAGGGCGAAGGAGGCAAAGAAGGCGACAAGAAAAACGGCAAGUACGAGAAACCACCUUUUAGCUACAACGCUUUGAUUAUGAUGGCUAUUCGGCAGAGUCCGGAGAAGCGGUUAACCCUUAACGGCAUUUACGAGUUCAUUAUGAAAAAUUUCCCGUAUUACCGAGAGAACAAGCAGGGAUGGCAGAAUUCCAUCAGACACAACCUGAGUUUGAACAAAUGUUUUGUCAAAGUGCCCCGGCACUACGAUGACCCCGGGAAGGGGAACUACUGGAUGCUUGACCCCUCCAGCGACGACGUGUUCAUUGGCGGCACAACGGGCAAACUUCGGCGCAGAUCGACCACUUCUAGGGCAAAGCUGGCGUUUAAAAGAGGCGCGAGGCUUACUUCCACCGGACUGACAUUUAUGGAUAGAGCUGGCUCUUUAUAUUGGCCCAUGUCGCCUUUCCUCUCGCUACACCAUCCGAGGGCGAGCAGCGCAUUGAGUUACAACGGCACGUCGUCGGCUUACCCUAGUCACCCAAUGUCCUAUAGCACAAUGUUGACUCAAAACAGUUUGGGGAACAAUCACUCUUUCCCUGCCUCCAAUGGCUUGACUGUUGACAGGCUCGUGAAUGGAGAGAUUCCGUACGCCACACACCACCUCACAGCGGCCGCUUUGGCCGCCUCAGUGCCAUGUGGGCUCUCCGUGCCCUGCUCCGGGACGUACUCUUUGAAUCCGUGUUCAGUGAACCUACUGGCGGGCCAGACCAGUUACUUCUUCCCCCACGUCCCUCACCCAUCCAUGACCUCGCAUAGCAGCACGUCCAUGAGCUCCCGGGCCGCCUCUUCCUCCUCCCCGCAAACGGUCUCCUCUCUCUCGUGUGACUCCUUAAGGCCUUCCCUGACUAGUUUUUCCUCCGGACUUUCCAGCGGACUUUCUGACUACUUCACACAUCAGAAUCAAGGGUCAACAUCAAAUCCACUUAUACACUAACUAGCAUCCACAGGAUCAGACUAACAACCUCCAGUCAUCAUGUUUGCAGUAUUAUCACGUCAUGAGCACUGGUGGGGUGAGAUUUUUCAAAAAUUAACGCAAAGUUUUAUUUUCAUUUUUAAAUAAAUGUUCUAUAAGUGCACAGUGCCCGUUCAAAUCCGUGGCUCCUUGUUGUUUUGUUCUUUUAAUAAUACAGACUGAAUAAUGCAUCUGUAGUGCAUUUAUACAUAUAUUAACAAUACAGUUUCUUUGUAGACCAAAGAAUGGGUAUCAAUCAACAAAAUAUAGUUUUUUUUCAGUAUUCAUAACGUUACAGACAGUUCUGAAGGAGACAGACGCAAUGAAUGCUUUUAGCUUGUGUUUGCAUAUUUACUGUAUAUGGUCACCACCAUGCAGGUCACAUACUUUUUGUAAUUAGUGAAAUGUCAAUACCUGUUGUAAUUAUAGGUUAACUUUGCGAACGUGUAACCCGUGUUGAGUAAAUGCCUCAUAAAAUAUUGAGUGAUUGUUUAUGUCGUCUUUAAAUUCCAUGGUUGUGAUUUUGUGGUCUUA